AAUCCACUGAACAUUUUCUUCUUUAGUCAUUUUUUUCUCUCUGCACAGUCAUUGACUUGUCUAUAAAUCGAUCACAAACAUCAAAGAAAACUCUCACACUUUCUUUACUUGUUACUAUUAUUCCUUAGAAAUUUAAGCAAUGGAUUGCAUAUACAAGAACCCAUCAAUUUCAAUUGAGGAAAGAGUAAAAGACUUGCUUUCUCGUAUGACAGUUGAAGAAAAGAUUGGUCAAAUGACUCAAAUUGAACGCACUGUCGCUACUCCUUCUGUUAUUAGGGACCUCUCUAUAGGGAGUAUACUUAGUGUUGGAGGUAGUGGUCCAUUUGAGGAUGCCCCAUCAGAAGCUUGGGCAGAUAUGGUUGAUGGAUUCCAAAAGGCUGCUCUGGAAUCACGGCUAGGGAUUCCACUUCUUUAUGGAGUUGAUGCUAUUCAUGGAAAUAACAAUGUCUAUGGUGCCACCAUUUUCCCACAAAAUGUUGGCCUUGGAGCCACCAGGUUGAAAUUAUGUCUUUAUUUUCAACUUCUUAGUUAUAACUAUUUCUUAAGACCAAAACCUAAAUCAGAUAUAAUGUGGAGCAGAGAUGCAAAAUUGGCUCAAAAGAUUGGAGCAGUGACUGCCCUUGAAGUCAGGGCCUGCGGCAUUAACUAUGAUUUUGCUCCCUGUGUUGCUGUAUGUAGAGACCCCAGGUGGGGAAGAUGUUAUGAGAGUUUUGGCGAAGACACCGAACUUAUUAGGGAGAUGACCUCAGUCGUCACAGGCUUACAAGGGAAACCACCUCCUGGAUACCCCAAAAACUAUCCUUUUUUAGCUGGAAGAGACAAGGUUGUUGCAUGUGCAAAGCAUUUUGUUGGAGAUGGGGGUACUGAUGGAGGUGUAAAUGAGGGAAAUACAAUAUCAUCAUAUGACGAUCUAGAGAGAAUACAUAUUGCCCCUUAUAUUGAUUGUAUUGCUCAGGGAGUCUGCACAGUCAUGGCAUCCUACUCUAAAUGGAAUGGAUGCCACCUACAUGCUAGCCACUUUCUUCUUACUGAAGUUCUAAAAGGGAAGCUCGGAUUUAAGGGCUUUGUUAUCACUGACUCCGAAGCACUUGACCGACUUUCCGAUCCUUAUGGAUCUAACUAUGAUCAAUGCAUUUUGGCGGCAAUCAAUGCAGGGAUUGACAUGGUGAUGGUUCCUUUUCGGUAUCAAUUAUUUCUCGAUCAUUUUAAAUAUCUUGUGGAAUCUGGAAAGAUUCCAAUGACCAGAGUUGAUGAUGCUGUUGAAAGGAUCCUGAGAGUUAAGUUUGUUUCUGGAGCUUUUGAGUUCCCUCUGAGUGAUAGGUCAUUGUUGGAUACCGUUGGUUGUAAUCAACAUCGUGAAUUAGCACGUGAAGCAGUUCGAAAAUCGUUGGUUCUUCUGAAGAAUGGAAAGGAUGUAACAAAACCAUUUCUUCCGCUAGACAGGAAAGCAAAAAGAAUUCUUGUAGCAGGAAAACAUGCUGACGAUCUUGGAUUCCAAUGCGGAGGGUGGACUAAGACAUGGGAAGGAAUGGGCGGCAGAAUCACGAUUGGUACAACAAUUCUGGAAGCUGUGAAAGCUGCUGUUGGAGGGGAAACAGAAGUGGUAUAUGAGGAAAAUCCGUCACCUGACACCUUUGCGAGUCAAGACUUCUCUUAUUCCAUUGUAGUUGUUGGUGAACCUCCCUAUUGCGAAAGCGGUGGAGAUAGCAAAGACCUCAGAAUUCCUCUUGGUGGAGAAGAACUAAUAAGCUUGGUUGCAGAUAGAGUUCCAACAUUGGUGAUAUUGAUUUCCGGAAGGCCUUUAUAUAUUGAGCCUUCACUUUUGGAGAAAAUGGAUGCCUUUGUUGGUGCUUGGUUACCGGGCACUGAGGGAGCCGGUAUCACUGAUGUCAUUUUUGGAGAUUUUGAAUUCCAUGGAAGGCUCCCCAUGACAUGGUUUAAAAGUGUAGAUCAAUUGCCCAUGCAUCAAGAACAGAACUCAUAUGAACCUCUUUUUCCAUUCGGCUACGGGUUAACUAGUAAAAACAAGGUACUCUAGAAGAGAUGUGUCAAAGAGAUAGACUUAGUGAAGUAGACAUGUCUAUGAAACUGCAGGCUAUCAGAAAGAUCCUAUGUCCAUUCGGCUACGGGUUAACUAGUAAAAACAAGGUACUCUAGAGGAGAUGUGUCAAAAAGAUAGAUUCAGUGAAAUAGACAUGUCUAUGAAAUUGCAGGCUAUCAGAAAGAUCCUAUGAUGCUUCAUUGUUCCCUUGGAUAUGUUGCACGCCCGCAUUUGUCGCACUUGGGCUCUGGCAUAUGAUAUUUACAUUAAAGGCCAGAUAAUUAUGUAGUAGUGUUAUUGGUAUUUGAUAACCGGUGUUUUUUUAAUAGUGUGAAUUAUGCCAUCCAAGAAGGAGAACAAUGUGUAUAGAACAAAAAUAAAAUAAAAGCUACCCUCCUGAUCCA